AUGGCUCCCUUGAUACAGAAAGCUGCAAGCGCUCUCGCUAUGUCUCAUUACGCGCCUCAAACCACCAAGGCCAAGUCCCAUAUAGCUCCGCUCGUCAAAAUAUACGUCUGGCGGUGUCCGAACGAGAGCUGCAGUCACGCCAACGAGACAAUAGCUAGCGAGGAGGGCAGAAUUAGAGCAAUAUCGAGUGGUAACGAGCUCCGAGAGCCUAUGUGGUACACUAGGAAGUGCGAGAAGUGUAGCGAAGAAGCUGGUAGGGGAUGCUGUCUUCUCGAGGUCAAGCUCCUUCCGCCUGAGGAUGAAGCGAAGGGGAAGGGGAAGAGGAAGAGGAAGGUGCCAGUGGACGAUGACAUCGAAGGCAAGCGCUGA